AUGGCAUCGGAAAGUUCCCCCGCGUCCGUCAAGGAGAUCUGGGAGAAGACCAUCGUUCGCUUCCACGAGCGCACGGGCCAAAAGCUCGAUGGUGUCUCCAGGGGCCCGGAGGAUCUGCGAAGGCUCCUCGACGCGCAUUAUGCUGCACAGGCGGACGAUAAGAGUGUUUCGCAGGCUAAAGCGGUGGGGUUCCAAAUGAUACACUGUAUCCAGCUCCUGGGGGGUAUUGCGUCCCAGGGUGCGUCUAUGGUUUUCGCCCCGGCAGGACUCUGUUUCAACGCUCUCUCCUUCCUGUUGGAUAUUCCCAAAAAGGUUCAUGAGUUCCACGGCGAGAUCGACGCCAUCUUUGCCGAGGUCGGACCGGCUCUGGCACAGUUUCGCAUCUACGAGCGCAUGGAGGAAAGCUCGCAAAUCGACGAGGCUCUGCGACUGUCCAUCUACCAGGUUAUGACGAGUUUUGUGAACCUGUGUGCCGACUGCAUUAAUAUCCAUCACGAGGGCCGAUGGAAGGGCUUCAAGCGCAACGCCAAACGUAUCCUCUUGGAUGAUGGGUCGGUCCGGAGCGAGUUGGCAAAUUUCAAGAAGCUCACCCAGGACCAGCUGAACAUCCAAGCGACUCUGACCCUCGAGGUGGCGGUGGAAACCGGCCAGCACGUCAAGUUUAUGAAGGCCACCACACUCGACAUCGACGCAAACACCAAGGCCAUCAAGAGCGACGUAUCUGGGCUCGUAGAGGCCGAGAACAAGCGCGCCUUGGAUGACAACCGGAAACAAAUUCUGAGUACCAUCAAGAACACCCUUGGGCAGAAGGACGACAGAAUAGCCGCCGUUCUCGAGGCCCGAGAUACGCUGUGGGAGGGCGCUGUGAAGGACAGCGGAAAAUGGUUGAACGAAAUCGACGCAUAUAAGCAGUGGAUCAAUCGAAGCAGUGCAACAGAUUUCUUACUCUUGCUGACUGGUGAAAAUGGAACGGGCAAAUCCUUUCUUGUCUCUGCGAUUGCCCAGGAAAUCAAAUCUGAAAACUUGGCCACAAAAGCAGAGCGCAGCUUGAUUGGAUAUUAUUCCUUCUCCAGGAUAGAGAAAAGAGACAAAGAGGGCGACAGACGACAACCAGAGGCAGCGAUCAAGUCUAUCUGUGUCCAGCUGGCGGACCAGGACAUCGUCUACGCGAGGCGUGUUUCUAGUGUGUGCGGCGAGGCUGGCAAGAAUGAAAAGUACUUCCGAGAUGCCAGCUGUACGGACCUCUGGCUCACCUUGGGAAUUGGAAUGCCGAGCAAAAAUACGACCCAUUACAUCCUGCUCCACUCGGUCAACACGCUCAGCCCGGCAGACCGUGAGCGACUUAUGAGGGCGAUUCAACAACGCGACCAGGGCACGCCCAGCCGCGUUAGAGUGCUUGUCAGCGGCGAGCCAGGAACAUUCCAGGGGGUCCAGCUCUUCACUUCUCCGACGAAGACUAUCGAUAUUACAAAACAUAACAAGGCUGACAUCAAAGCCUUCAUUGUGGAGGAGCUGAAGCGCACGGGUAUCUUCCAGGGCGCAGACGAGGACUCGCAGCGACGGAAAAGGAUGGUCGAGGAACGACUCUGGGCGCGAUCCAACAAUUCCUAUUUGACAAUUCAGCAAGACCUUCGCAAGGUCGAAGAGAUCAUCACCUCGGGUGGCACGGAGGAAGAGCUCAACCGGGUGUUGCAUGAGUCGAGCACGGAUCCACAGGUGCUGGUGCGAGCGGAAAUCGAAGGAUUGGAAGCGAUGCUCAAGGCCCGGGAGAUUGAGGAAAUCAAUGAGCUUCUGAUCUGGGCUGUGGUUGGAGACGAAUCCUUGAUGCUGGAGAAACUGGAAGCGGCCUUGUUCCUCCGCUUCAACACCGUCUCUCUCCAGCCACUCGACAAAAAGAUCACGGGAAAAUACUCCAAGCUCUUUACCUUGAUCUACGGGAAAUACCUGGCAUUGAAAGAUCAUGUUCGAGACUGCGUUGUUGCCCAACGAGACAGGCCCAGACAGUCCGUGGAUGACCCGAAGAUCACGGCCACGAUCAGCAUCACCAACGGAGAUCUCAAGUUAGUCCAGCGCUUCUUCUGGGACUUGAACCACUACUCCUUCCUAGGUGGAUUUGCGUUUCAGCCAGCUUCCGAUCAGACAAACGUAGGCCAGCGGAAGAUCCAGGUGUACGAAGCUGAUGCUCACCUCGAGGUUGUCAAAAGAGCCUUCGAUAUCUUUCUACAACCGGUGGUCGAUGAAAGGGGCAAGUCACUGGGUCCGUACCUGAUGCGCUCCAUCACAACCCAUCUCAAGGCCCUGUCUGAGGUAACUGGGCUGGACGAGCUGCAGCCCGCAGAUAAGCAGUUCAUUGGAUCGCAUGUCUACGAGAUGUUCAACGAGGGUGAUCUCAUCGAGCGGAAUUGGGAAUUCUGCUACUCGGUCCUCUGGUACGAGCGUAAUGACGAGAUGGAGAUCUUCUGGGAGUGGUUGGAUGACCCUGUGGCCAUCGCUGGCCUAGGGCCUCGGGACAAACGAUGGCUAGCAGAUUUAAAGAAAUUCGAACAUCGCAACUCGAGUCUAUUGACUCCGAUCAUGACCAUGGUUGCUCGGAAUUGGCUACAGAAAACCGAAUGGCACGCCUACGAGGCAUUCAGAUGGAUCAGGGGAUUCCUGACUUUGGGCGCCGAACCACAGCAGGAGGAUCAGACCGGAGUGGCCGAGCAGGUGGAGAACUCGGACAACGGAAACGGGCGAAUUAUCAUAUAUGACAACGAUUCAGACUUGGAAAAGAUCCUCAAAGCUGAGCAGUGGUGCAAGCAGUCCUUGGGUGUCACCGAAGUGGACUACACAUGGUGUAUCCGAUUAGGUGAUACCUAUGCUGACGUGCGCGAGUAUGACGCUGCGAGCGAGCAGUACAAGAAGGUGGGAAGAAUCUCUCGCUCCGCGCAGAAUCGGCAGUGUACUAACCUGGGACGACAGGCUGCCACAAUUCUCCAGGCUCAAGACCCCAUCAACAAGGAGCAGCUGCGAGAUGUGUUCAAAACUCUCGGUGAAUUUGCGACCGACCCCGAACGUGCCUUGGAGUAUCUGAAAGAAGCCGCCAAGCAGGAUGAAGAAGACGUGGAAAUCCUCUGUGCGAUGCUCCAGAAAUAUAUAGCCAGCAAAAAUGAGGACGAGGCGCGGUCCAUCAUCCAGAAAGCUGUUACCGAGAGAGUCCCAGGCACGCAAUCCACCUUGUUGAUGUCCAUGCUGGCAACAGCUCUGAGCAAGGAGAACGAGAUUGACAUGUUGGCCAUAUUCAACGCAGUCUUUUCGGUCGUCUCUUCUUCCCCGGAACUGCGGGCAGUCUUCCAACAUGAGAUGGAGGUAGCAAUUGAGACUGCGCGGACGGAAGGCAAGAACGAGGAGCUUGCGAUUCUGCUAUUCCAGCUGGCCAGUGCUAGACACUAUCUCCACAAGGACUCUCCCGAGCAAUUAGCCAACGCCGCAGGUGAUCUGCGCGAGUGUUUGGACACCAUUCGGCAGAAGGUCGCUUCGGAAGACCGAGAUCGGCUUGAUUUCGUCAAACAAAGUGCGGUUGACCGUCUCAGCAGGGUCUGCCUCGACCGGGCCAUGCAAACGGACGGAGAGGAAUCGGAGGCAGACGUGGAGAGAUUACGACAGAUUCACAGGGAUGACCCUGCUGCCAAAGGCCCCAAGUCGGCGCUUGCAUCACUGUACACGUUCAGGGGACAGAGGGACAAGGCUGGUGACAUCUUCCGGGCCGAUAUAGUAGAAGCAUUCAACAUUCUGGCUGAUGAUAACAUCUUCAAUGAUUUAGACGGAUUCAUGGCGCUUCGUACCCUUCUGAACUGCACUGGGGAUUAUGAAAAUGCACUGCGAGCUGCAUUGCUGCUUCCGGAGUUACGGUUCGAUGACACAGUCCUCAAAAUGCUUCUUGCCCGAGAGGGGCCCUCUAUGGAAGCAGUCAGCGAGGAACUAGUCCGGUUCUAUCACCGGGAGUGUCCAGACACAGACAAGCACUGGGAAAAUUUUACUAAGGUCUGGAAAGAAGUCAGCAGAUUAGCAUACGAAGCAGAUGUUCUUAGCGAGAGGGCCGCUUGCUUAGAUCGGGUCCAAAAGAUCCUUGCAAAACUCGAGAGAGGGAUUGACUGCUUGCUCCCUUGCAAUACCUGCAAUCGGUACUGGGACUAUGACCGCGGUCUUCAUGCCUGCAAGUAUUGCUACAAUGUGUUCCUCUGCAAUGGCUGCUGGGACGAGCUGAGGUCAGGCAAAGCAGACAACGCUUUUAUAUGCAGCAGUACACACGACUGGUAUGAGUUACCGCCAUGGACGAUGGAGAAGUAUUUCCGUGCCUGUGAAGGGUUGGUUCUCAUGAAGACUGACAAUGGAGGCGAGGAGUUGGUCUCCGUUUCAAAAUGGCUGGGGACGCUGUGCGAGGAAUGGGGGCUGUCCAAGGCCGACUGGAAUUUUGAGUAG